AUGUCGAGCUUGAAGCCAGUUUCGCGCGAUUUGAAUAGCACGAUCACCUCCGGCGUGUUGCGCACGUCAAAGACAUGGGUCUUGCCGCCACGAACGAAACCUGGGAGGCGUCCUAGAACGCAUUGGCGACAUGACCAGGAAACAGAGGAAACGGACCAGGAUUUACGCGAAUCCAGCAAGAAAGCCAAGAAUAGGGACGCGCAGCGUGCUUUUAGAGAGCGGCAAACGAAACAGCUGGCGGAAUUGCACGAGGAAGUGGCAAAAUGGAGCCAAAAAUGCGCUUUUUACAAGCAGGAACUCGACAAACACAUUCAGCAGGUGAAACGACUCGAGGGAGAGAACCAGGAGCUGGCAGCCCGGGUCAAUAAACUCGAGAAUAAUGCCCCGAAACAUAAUGAGUUGGAAAAAUGCGACAUGUGCACGCAGGACCUGUGCAUAUGCCAGGAAGUUGGUCUGAGGCCCCAGCGCGACGCAGCACUCGAGGCGAUGAUCGCGACGCUGACGCCCUCUUUGUGGCACAAAAUUGACACCUUUAGACCCAUGCAGGCGGUGGCUCUACCGCAAUCGCUGCAGGCUCGCCGAAAGCGCAAGAAAGGGCCAGAAACUUCCGGCAACUUCCCAGUGCUGAAAAAGUCGGCACCAUCAGUAGAGCUAGACGGUGUUUUUCCUUCUUUGAGAGUGUCUAAGACCUCUGGCGUCCCGGAAAGUGCAGGAAGUAAUAUAUCCAUGUUCAAAAAGAUGGAAGGCUCUGUCAAUAGUUUCGAGGCGUCGUCACCACAUGAUAGCGGUCCAGCGACCGCCGUGAGUGAAUCUUUAGACUUCCCAGUUGAAAGCGAAGGGUGCGGCUUCUGCUCAGAAACCUCGGCGUGUCUGUGCAGGGAUCAACUGGGACUAGAUUCAACCCAGCACAUAUGUCAGGGAUCCCAAAGCACGCCGGCCUCGACAGAGGUCGCCAACGAUAAAUUAUUUUUUAAACCGAGAGCUAUAAAACAGUGA